UUGGAAUCCUUUCACAUUAUUUUUAAAGUUUGCAUUUUCUAAUUAAGUUAUUAUUUUUUGUACAAAUUCAAGAUAAGAGGAGCAUUAGUAAAAAAUAAACAAAAGCGAAAUAAUUUUGUGAAGACAUAAAAAGUGUAAUGGAUUUUGAAGACGCCAAAGAAAACAUUCAGCCUUUAGCAGCCGGUCGAAAUGCUAGCAUUCUUCAAGCUGCACUUCACACAGAAUCUCAAGAGGAGCUUCAACAACAAAGGCGCCAAUACGAAGAAGCCAUCGAGAAAUAUGAUGGUGAAGAUCCUUUGGAACCUUGGUUUGAGUAUGUCUAUUGGAUUGAACAGAGUUAUCCAUCCGGUGGCAAAGAAUCUGGCCUCGAUGAAGUACUAAUCAAAUGUUUGACAAAAUUCGAAAAGGAUCAACGUUAUCAUCAGGAUAGACGAAUGAUUAAAUUAUAUAUUAAAUAUAUUGACAACCACGAGAAACCACAAGAAUGUUAUCAAAAACUCUAUCAUCAAGGAAUUGGCACAAUGGUUGCCGAUUUAUACAUCUGUUGGGCUUAUUACUACGAUUUGAUGGGUGAUUUUCGCAGUGCUGAUCAGAUUUUUAGAAAAGGAAUCGAUUGUAAGGCUCAGCCAUUUGAAGAACUCCAAGAAGCUCAUCAACAUUUCGGAUUUACCAUGUCUCAAAGGAUUCUUUAUAAUGACGACGUUUCGAAGGAGAAAUAUCAAAGUUCCAUGCAGGAGAAGCGAAGCGCACUGAUAUCAUUGAAAUCGCAUAAAAAACAAGUUGGUAGCAUUCGAACGGGAGCUGCUGUUAAGAAAUUUGCUCCAGGAACAGUUCAGGUUAAAUCCUCUCGACCAUCACAAAAACAAAAUUCCAUACAAGUCUUUAACGACGACGAGCAACUGCCUUGUGAUUUGAAUCCCACUGCUGAAUUCGCUUCUGACACAUCUGUAGUGAAAGUAAUCCUAGACAGCACACGUAAUCAGGAGAAUUUAAAAGAAGCUGGACCUUGGAACAAACCACUUGCCAGAAAGAAAAAACUUUUCACUUCUGAACCACGCUCCGCCCUUGGAUUUGAAAUUCUCGAAGAUCAAGAAGUUAAUUCUCCGCUGAAAAAGAAAUCAGCCGAUUUGGGACCUUUUAUAUAUUUAGAUGGUUUCGUACCAUCCAAUCAACCUCAAGAAGAGUGGAUAAUUCCUGUUACGAUAGAGAAUGAGAUAACAAAAGGAUUAUAUCCAUCUUACGACAAGUGUUUGAUCUAUCCUAGACCAAAUAUGGAGUUCUCCCUCGAAGAACUUGGUUGUUAUUUUUGGUGCAAAAAGAGAAAUAUCGAAAAUAAAUUUACAAAAAAAUACGAUUCCUACUGGAAAGCCGAUAUACAAUCAGGCAUAAGAAUGUAUCCAAAUUUUGCUAAAAAAAAUCUGCCCAUAGAUGAUAAGGAUUCAUUUAAAUCUACAGAUUUUGAUCCUCUCAAAAAUUCAGCACAUGAAAAGAUGGCAAUUGAUAUUAAACUUUCUUAUCCAUCACCAGGAAACGAAUUGCAGUUUGAAGAAAUAUUAUACCAACGAUGGAAGGAUGGCAAAAAGAAAUUCAAAUACGAUCAAAAUGAGACUAUUGCCAUUACAGAGGAAAUGGAAGAGACUAUGUGUACGCCAUUGGAUGGUGUGAGAAGGAAAAGUUUCUUUCCCACACGAAAAUCCAUUGCUCCCGUGCAUAUUUCUAAGAAUGUUAUACACGAGGUGGAAGAGAAAGCAAAAGAAACGUUCGAAGAAUUACCCGCACCAUCAAAUCGCCAAUAUCGUAAAAGUAUUUUAAAGAAGCCAAAUUUGCCAGAAAUUCAAGACGUUAGUAAUAUUUCGUCCUUUCGGGAGGAAAUUGCUGAAGAAUUUGCUUUCAAACCUCCUUCAUCGCCACCAGCUCCGCCAGUUACUCCCGCUGAGCCACAGAAGAUAGCUUUUCAAAUUUUCGAAGAUGAGGAAAAUAAUUUCGAAGCAAAUGAAACGUGUUCAACUCAGGUCUUCAAUUGUUUCAUUAAACCGCAUUCUAUAAGUACACCAAAAGCUCCAGGUAAAAGUGUCAAACUUACCAAUCAACAACCCACCACCGAAACUAGACAACAAAUACAGUUUAGUUUGUCUGAAGUGGAAAAUAUUGCCCCGACUCCUGUUGCCCCGAUUAUUCAAAAUUUAGCUCCAUCGUUAGCCUUAUCACCUGACUACGAUCCUGGUCUCACUAUGCGUGGCAAGCAACUGUCUACCAUUAUGGAAACUUCAGAACAUGCAACCGGUUCGACUGGCAGCACUAAACUCUCCAUAAAUUCACCCGACUUUGAACUGGAAGUUCAUCAGUCGAGACUGCCAUUGAUGGCAAAUGUAUGCACCUUGGAAACUGUUGACGAGAACAAAUCAUUUAACGAUAGAGAUACGAGUGAAAAAUUGAUGAUAUCAAUUCGUCAACACAAUAAAGAUACGUCUCUUUCGUCUGCUGCAAAGACGAACCCUAAUGAGAUAUCUCGUCUGGAACAACCAGAAGACACUGUACCUUUAAUGCCAGCUGUCAGAGUUUUCGAAGAUAAAACUGAGACUGUCCCUAAGAUUUUAAUCACGAAAAUGAGACAACUUAAUCCUGAAGUUGAGGAUAAAGGACUUCCUUCAAUAAAAAACGACCAAGCCGAAAGGAAAGCUAUUUCGUCAAUGUCUUCGUCAAAAAUUCAAAAUGAAGUGAGUUUCUUCGAUAAACUUUCAACAAAUAUGGAAAAACCUCAAUCUGCACCCAAAUCCCCAUCAGCAGUUGUUUUGAAUAAUUCAAUUUUCUCAUCUUCAGCUUUCAUGAAAUUCCAAAACUCACCUGUCCCAUCAAGAUUGAAACUAGAUGACACACCCGAACGUAUAGUUAAACGUGUUUCGGACGUGGCUAAAACUCCAUCUCGAUCAUUUUUCACUGACGAUUUGAAAGGCAAAACUUUAGAUUCAAUGUUUUUGCCAAAUUUAUCAACUAAAUGCGCAAUCAAUAUAGAUUGCAAUGAAAAACAAACAAAAGAUAAUUCAUUUUUACCCGGAUUUUCCAAUGACAUGUCUUUAAAUUUAUCCCCUGGCGGAAAAUACAAACAAACAACAAAGGAUUCAUUCCUAUCUGGGUUUCCCAGUGUGGCUAUUGGGGAAAAUAAACCCGCUGAAGAUUCGUUUGUGGCAUAUUUGUCAAAGAAUAGACAACCAAAUGAAAGUACCAAACCAAAAGAGGCUCCAUCCACGAACGUAGGAAGUAAUAUGAGUCUCCUUACGAGUUUUAAGACAAAACAAAACUCUAUUGAGGAUAAAGAGAAUUUUGAAAAGUCUUCUUUUAUGUUUAAUUUAUCUCCACCAGACGUGCAUAAAAAGUCCUUUUUUAAGAUGCCCACUGUCGCCAAUGAAGAACGAUCAGUUGUUCAAAAAAAUAUUUCUUUCCUUCCAAACUUUAAUCAAUCCACUACAACUACAACAGCAACAGGAGCUACAUCAAAAUUCCAAAUACACGAAGACACGAUGAACCAUGAUUUGUCAAAAAAGAUAUCUCGUCUUGGUCUUGAAGAGCCUGAGUCAUCAAACAUAAAAUCGAAAAAUCAUUCCACCUCUGAAACAAAUAAACUUCUAGCUAACUACUCCUCACCGGAGCUCAAAAGUCUUAGUUCAAUUGAGAAUUCAAAGAAAACCACAAUGAAAAAUAAUGCUGAACGAAAUUCAAUACCAACCCGAGAAUCUCUAUUUAAGGCAGAUUGUUUUUUUGAAGAAAAUAUACGAACGGAAGCAUUUGCAGUAAAUCUGAGCAUGAUUAAGAACUCUACAUUGCUGCCGAAUCAUAACCUACAUCAAUCUCAGAUUGAAAGAGAAUCUAUAAACAUAGUUGACAAUAUGCCAAAUUUUGAACUUCAUCAAUCGCAGAUUAAAAAAGAAUCAAUCAAUAUAAGUGCUCCAUCGACAUCUAUACCUUCGUCAUCAUUAUCAAUUCCUGAUGAAUUCAUUCGGCCAGGAACAAAUUUCAGUGUAAAAUCAGAAGCUUCUUCGUCUACUUCCACCAGCCAAUUACUAAAAAAGCAAGUUCCUCGUGCAACUGAAUGUAUUGACAUCGCCGAAUCAGACGAAGAGCCUGAUGUUUUUGGAAAAAGUAUUUACUAUACAAAAACUCCCAAAACACCACAAGUUGCACGGCAUGCUUGGAGUCCUGAACCUCAAGAUGAAUGCGAUGACGAUUACUUUGUACAUCAAGAAAUUGAUAUGGAUCAAACUCAACAUGUUAUUGAUAAUUUUUGUGUUGCAAGAGAUGUUAAUCCAUUUAAUAAAAAGUUGAAAGAUGCAUUUUUAGGUCAAGUUGAUAUUAUAUCGUUUAUUGAAAAUCUACCAACCUGUAAAUUGGUGGGGAAGAUUAAGUCUCUGAAGAAAGAUAAUUCAGUGGAACUAAAUGAUAAAGUGUUUCACAUUAUUAAGCUGAUUGGAGAAGGUACAUUCGGAUCGGUUUAUAGUGCAAAAGAAUCUGAGAGUGGACAAAUAUUUGCAUUGAAACAAGAGCGGCCAGCUAACUUAUGGGAGUACUAUAUUUGUUUGGAAUUGGAGAGCAGACUGCACACCACGGAAAUGAUGUCUGGUUUCAUGAAAAUCGAUUAUGGACUGAUUGGAAAUAACGCAAGCAUUUUGUUUUCGAAAUUCGCCCGCUACGGAUCACUCAUCUCUGUUUGUAAUAAAAUCAAAAAAGAAACUUUAAAAAAUGUUGAUGAGUACGUUGUGAUGCAUAUGACGAGUCAAUUAUUACUCAUAAUGGAUCAUCUUCAUGCAUCAAACAUCAUUCAUGCUGAUAUCAAACCGGAUAAUUUUAUUCUAAUGGAAAAAUUGGUUUUCGGUAGAAAACAACCUACACUUCAGCUUAUCGACUUUGGAAAUUCCAUUGACAUGAGUUUGUUUCCGAAAGGCCAAAUAUUCACAUACUCCCAUGAUAAUGAAAGUUUUAAAUGCGUUGAAAUGUGUGAGAAACGUCCAUGGACCUACCAAUUAGAUUUAUUCGGCCUAGCUGGUGUCAUACAUGUGUUGUUGUUUGGAAAAUACAUGGAACUUGCAAAGAAACCAACCGGAUGGACGCAUAGAACACAUGUGCCUCGAUAUCUCAAUAAAACACUUUGGGAUGUAAUAUUUCAUAGUCUAUUGAAUAUUCCUGACUGCCAGACAAUGCCCAAUUUGCAGCAUUUGCGGGCACAAUUGGAAGAAGAAUUAGCGGAAAAUGAUAAAUUAGUGUGUCAAAAAAUAAUUGAAUUCAAUCGUGCUCUGGAUUUAUAAAUAUUUGUGUUUAUUUUUUUAAGUAUCUAUAACAGUUAAGUUUAUUAUUUAGAAAUAACCUUUAUUUGAUCUUUUAUAGUAUUUGUUUAUAUUUAUUGUAUCAAGGACAAAAAUUCAAAUUACAAAAUAAAAAAUGUUUCUAACUUCUGUUUACACUCAGUUGGAGCCAAAGAAGUUAUUUUAUAUGUUGAAAAUCAUUUGAUUUUUGUUAUUGGUAAAAUAUGACAAAUAUUUUUUUUACUUUUCAUUCAACCUGCUUCUGUUGUUCAAAGCAUUCAAGGCAGUUCAAAUUAGUCUUUUAGAUCGAAAUAAUUUUAUAUUGCCUUGCGUAUUCGAAUUUAACCUCUAUAGACUCCUCUAAGAUGGUUAUUAUUAUUUUUUGUUUGUACCUUUAAUUUGGGGGCCCACUCUUAUUAUUUUUACGUCUACUACUAAAUUAAGUCUUAUCACAUUGAAAAAAAAAAAAAAAAUAAUAAUAAGUAAAUCAUUAUCUCCUUUAAACUCCCAACUCUCUACUCGGGGUUGUUGUAGCCAAUUGUCCGGUAUUUGUUCCUGGUGGUGGAGGAGAUACAAGACUCGGAAACCAGCGAUUCAAGAAACUCCUUGUUGCAAAUGCAACAUCAUGGUUUGCAAAACAAAAUAAACAUGAUACAACGAAUCCUUGUAGACUCACAAGUACGACGGACAUUAUUUGAUAGAAACGUUCUAGUGUUGUUCCACUAUCUGGACGAUAUGGAAUUAGAAAAUGUUGAAGUCCAAAAAGAGGAAUC